UACACAAUCCCGAACAAGCAAGAACUACUCAAAUACUCAGGUCACCACUGAAAUCAUUUGGGGAUCAACUCUAUUUUGUACUAACGGAACGAUAGUGUAACGAUCAAGUAUACUCGGUUGUACUCGUUCCACCAAUGUACUCAUUACUUUGGAUCAAUUACACGAGUACCGACCGAGUUCACGAGUCACUAUUAGUGGUAAUAAAAAAUUUCAACUUGUACAAUAUUAAAUUAGUCAACAUAUGUGCCAAAUUUUAAACUUCAUAUAAACAUUGUCUGUGAUAAAGAUAUUACAAUAUGCAUAAAUCUGAAACUGAUAUUCCACCCGUAGUUCGAAAAAGAUUAUCUCACCUAUUUGGACUGAUAGAAAAAGAAUUUGGGUCUAUUCAUCAAGAAAAUGUUGUUUUACAAGAUAAAGUGGAAUCUCUUACAGAAAAAAUCAAUGAAAAAUGUUUAUCAACUGAACAGUUUCAAAUUAAUUCUAAGCAAAAACCCCCUACAGGUCAAAAACUUAAAACUGCUGAAAAACUAAAAGCACAAACCAGCAAAAUUGUAUCUAGUUUUAAAAGUCCUUCUGCUGCUAAUUGUCAGUGUGUUAAAGAAUAUAGUGGCCAUAGAGAUGGCUUAUGGGAUGUCAGCUUACCACGAACUGGGCAACCAGUAAUUGGAACCUGUUCGGCUGAUCAUACAGCAAGAAUAUGGAAUAUUGAAUCAGGAAUACCACUUUUGCAAUAUGUAGGUCAUUCAGGAUCAAUUAACUCUAUUAAAUUUCAUCCUUCUAAAGAUUUAGCACUUACAUCUAGUGGUGAUCAAUCAACUCACAUUUGGCAAGCUGCUGUCAACUUAGAUAUUUUAAGAGAUAGAGAAUCUGAUGAUACCGAAGCAGAAGAUGAUCGUGUUGUUCCAGUAUUGCGCACACCAUCAUGUACAUUUACUGGACAUCAUGGACCAGUUUUGGCAGCAGAUUGGCUAUUAGGUGGUGAUCAAAUAAUUACUGCAUCAUGGGACAGAACAGCUCAUUUGUAUGAUGUUGAAACCAAGGAAAUAAUAAAUACCCUAACUGGUCACGAUGAAGAAUUAACUUAUACAUCUUCACAUCAUUCACAAAAAUUAGUUGUCACUGCUUCACGAGAUACUACAUUCAGAUUAUGGGAUUUUCGAGAAGCUAUUCAUUCAGUUUCUGUUUUUCAAGGACAUACUGACACUGUGACAUGUGCUAUUUUUACAUCAGCUGGACAUGGAGGUGAAGAUAAAUUGGUGUCUGGAUCAGAUGAUAGAUCUAUUAAAAUCUGGGAAUUAAGAAAUAUGAGAUCACCUAUCAUUACAAUAAGAGCUGACUCUGGUGUAAAUCGCUUUGCUAUUGCCACUAGUGGAGUGAUUGCUGUUCCACAUGAUAAUCGUCAAGUAAUGUUAUAUGAUAUGAGUGGACAACGAAUAACUAGAAUUCCAAGAACUGCCAGAAAUAGACAUAGACGUAUAGUAACUGCUGUAACUUGGAGUGAAGAUAACUCAUUUGCAAAUUUAUUUUCUUGUGGAUUUGACAGACUAGCAUUGGGAUGGUCUGUCCAUUUAUGUAAGGACUGAUUUUAAUUUAGUAAUUAUGUAAAAUAUGUUUUUGAAAUUAAUAUGAAUCUUUCCUUAGCUAAUUAAUGAACUAAGUUCCUUUCUAUUUUUGUGUUAGAAGUGAUUAGUAUUUAUUUGUUUGUUUUGUUUGUCUAUGAAUCUUCAUUUAAUUUUUAAUUUUAUUUUUUGAAAAUUAAAUGGAUUUAAAGUGAACUUGAUAUUUUUUAUUUAUACAAUUACCUUUUGUGUUUAAUAAUGUACUAGGUAAAUUACAAUGUUAUAUAAAUAAACUAGUUAAUAUUAAUAGAAA